GCGCGAGCUCAGUUCUUAUGGACUCAGUUUAACGUCUGAUUAUUUAGCACUUCUGAAACUAAACUCUUAAAAGUUUUAGUAAAGUGGAAAUAAGGAAGUUAACUUUAGUAAAUAUGGAAGCGAGUGAGUCGGCAGCGUUGCUUUCCAGAAAAGAGUUGCGGAAACAGAAGCUGAUGGAAUACUUGGCAGCAAAAGGAAAGCUGAAACCUCCAAACGUCAUGCAAUCCCUCCACGGGGAAUCUCACAAUCAAACCUCUCUGAAGGUUGCUAUGGGAAAAGAAAACAAAGCUCCACCUGACAAGAUCAGGUGGCACAAUUCUAAAGAUAAAACGUUGGUGCCUCAGCGCAGUCAAGAUCCUCCCAGAAGAAGAGCACUGGGUGCCUCUGACAAAGGAAAUGUGACAAAUGGUAAACAAACUACCAUUUGCUCAUCAUCCAGCAGCGUGUCAGCACAGACAAACGUUAAUCAAAAUCCCCUGCUCAGGAAAACGUACACCGUAGUGUCUUCCAAAUCCAGUUUCACUCCAGCUGCAACUCAGAAAAAUCAACCCAACACAGGGAGUCGAAACCUGAGCAAGGUGCAGUUAAAUGGACGUUGUACACAUGCAGCAAAGUCAGAACCCAAACCAAGCAUAAGUUCAAGUCGGGCUACGUUAUGCCCACUGGAAAUGGCGAGCAGUCGAAUAAGUACUGGCCCACUUGUUAAGACCAAAACAGGGCUUGUGCCUGCAGCGAUCCAGCCGAGGAAUCCAAAAUCAAACGCAUCACAUCCACCUGGCUCAAAGCGUCAGCCGUUCACUUUCUCCACUGUUGCUAAGAAUCCAAAGGGCAAAGGGCAGUUAGGCAAAAUGUCAUCGGUCUCUGCUUCCCAGAGGCCUGCUGUGGUGAUUCCUACAAAUUCAAGAGCUAGGAGUAAAACCGAAGCUCAGAACAGGUCUAAACCUAAGCCGCUUCCCGUUAAACUAACACAACCAACUGGAAGGAGCCAAUUAUGGACUGGACUUCACUCAGCUGGGCCUUCCAAAUGCAAAACUGUCAAACCAGAGCAGAGCGUGUUAACCAGUAAAACAGCAGGGCAGCCUGCUCACACAUCUAAAACUCAAGUAAAGAAAAACACUCAAUCUGUAAAAGCUGAUGCCCCAACAACCUCAAGGCCAUCAAUCAAACGCAGCUCAACAGCCGUCAAGACGAAUGAGAGCGUUUGGUCUAAAGAUGGGAGGGAAACAAAGACGAACAGAGAGACACAAAUCAUACAGAAAACAUCUAGAAAUAUUCCUUCAGGGCAUCCGCCUACAAAAUGUGCAGCUGCUGCGCGGGGGUACCGAACCGCACCGCAGCCUUCCAGGUCCAUCAGCCUGCUGGACCGGACUGCAGCCACCAAGACGCCAAAGGUCAUGAUUAAAACUGCUCCCCAGACUGAAGUAAAGAAACUGACUGCUGCGCAGGAGGAGAGGAUGAGGAAACUACAAGAAUGGCGAGAAUCGAAGGGGAUUUCCUACAAACGUCCUCCGAUGCCAGUGAAAGCGCCAGCCACGCGCACCGUGUCCGUUCCUCAGCCCUUCUGGGCUUCCAUGGAGCUGGAGGACGAAGCCCACUCUCUCAUCUGUGCCGUGGACCGGUCCCUGGAGGACUGCAUCAAGUUGCUCGCCGAGGGCUGCCCUGCGGACCGGGUGAAGGACGUCCUCUCACGGCUGCCGGCGGUGUCUCAGAAGUUCGCCAAGUACUGGAUCUGUCGAGCCCGGCUGAUGGAGCAAGAGGGAAACUUGGACGUGCUGCCCAUGUUUGAAGAAGCUGUUCGAGUUGUGUUGGAGCCAGUGGAUGAGCUGCGGACUGCGGUUUUUGACAUUCUGAAGAAGAAAGACGAAAUCCAAGAAAAUGAAAAACGGGACGAUGGCUCUGCAACCACGGAAGCGUCUCCAGACUGUGGCAACGACCCACUGAUGACACCUAAACCUGUCAGAGUUCUCAUCAAAGGAGAGAGAGGAGGCUCAUCCAUGGUCAAGUACAAGAUCACUGCGACUCCCGGGGGCCCAGCAAGUCAGCAGAAGGAGACAGUCAGGGUCAAAGGGCAGGAGGUCCGGUUCUUCACCCCGGUUCGACGGUCCGUGCGAAUCGAGAGAUCGUGUUUCCGAUACCCGCCGUCGCUCCAGGACCACGAUGUCUGCGUGAAUUCGUACAGUGAUCUGAUCUCAGAGGAGGGCAAAGAAACCAGUGAAGAACAAUCGAGCUGCUCUGGUAGCAACACACCCAUGUACAUUUACAGACAGAACGAGGCACUUGAAGACAAAGUUUCCAUCAAACUCGUCCUUAACGACAGUUUUUAAAUUCAUCACACCUUUAUGAUUUUUAAAAUAACAGACAGACAAAGGUUGUCUGUAGCCGCGCUCUGUUACCUAUCAAAUGUUUAUAUUCGCAGAUACAAAUGAUUUUUGUGAUGUUUAAACUUUGCAUUUCAACCAAUAAUAAUUUUUAAAAUCUCUGUACAGAAGGGAAACUUUGAUAUUAGGUCAUGAAUUCUUCUUUUGUACUGCAAAAAAAGAUAUAAAAGUGUAAAAAUAAAAUCCUCAUUUCUUUUUUUAAUCACUGUUUUUUUUUUUUACCAGAAUUUGUUUAUUUUACAUACAAAAAAGAACCUGUGGUUAGAGAGGAAUCAAACUCUCAGACAAGGAUGAAUAAUCAUUCAAUUACAAUAAUAAUCAUGACAAAACACAUCUUUAGUAUCAACAAUUAUUAUGUCCAAUAAAAUACUCAAUAAUGUCACUGAUCUCCGGUCCAGAACCUCAGGCUAAGCAAGGUUGGUGUCAUGAUCGCUCUCACUCUUUGGUUACCUAGCAACAGGUUGAGUAAUUUGAGCAGGAGCAGUUUCAUGUUUUGCCAUCAUGACUAAUAACUGCUUAAAAAUUAACAGAAGGGUGUGGAGUGAAAUGAGAAAAUGAGUACAACUGCUGAGAGGAAGCUGUUGAUAGAGCAGGAAAGGUUACAUCAAACUUUGGUAAUAUUUCAGAUAUUUAAAACAAGAAAACUAAUCAAUAAUUAUUUAUUGACUGAUUUUUAUUUUAUUUUAUUUUGAUUUCUGAGUAAAACAUAUUGCCACUUGUUAGAUGUUUGUUCACUAGAGUAGUUUCAGCCGGUUCUGGCCCAGUCCGAACCAUCCAGGCUCCUCUCCAUCUGGGGUGGUUCCAGCCGCGCCAACCCCGGUAUUGUGCGGAAGCGAUUUUUGAUUGACGGUGGACCGCAUUCGUGGAUUGAUUUACGCCUCUGCAGACUCCAAACAGCAGCAUGGACCGGCGGACAUGUUGUCUGCGGUCAGAGCUGCUCAGUGUGGAGCAGCAGAACCACGAGCGACGCCAGAAGUGCGUCAACCUUCGCAGCAGAUUGAGCGUUAUUUCGCAGCUGUGAAAGCAGAAUGGCUCCGAAGAACGGAACCAAUGAAGAAGAGAGAAACGUUGCCGCUCUGGUCAACCUUCUGGUUAGUUAAAGUUUUGCAGAAUUACAUUGCUUUUAGUUUGACGUUCUUUGUUUGGGGUUUUCUUUUAAAUAAAGUUCAUGGUUAGAUAUUUGUGUACAUUUUUACUGUAUUGACUAAA